AUGGAGAAGGACAAACAGAUUUAUUUAGAGCUGCAGAACAGGACGCCCUCUGAUGUGAAAGAGCUGGUCCUGGAUAACUGUCAGUCAACUGAAGGCAAAAUCGAAGGCCUCAUGGAUGAGUUUGAAGAACUGGAAUUCCUAAGUACAAUCAACGUAGGCCUCACCUCCAUUUUGAAUUUACCAAAGUUAUCCAAACUCAAGAAGCUUGAAUUAAGUGAAAACAGAAUCUCAGGGUACCUGGAAGUAUUGGCAGAGAAAUGUCUGAACCUUAAGCAUCUAAAUUUAAGUGGCAACAAAAUAAAAGAUCCCAGCGCAAUAGAGCCACUGAGGAAGUUAGAGAAUCUCAAGAGCCUAGGCCUGUUUAAGUAUGAGGUGACCAACCUGACUGCCUACCGGGAAAAUGAGUUCAAGCUCCUGCCGGAGGUCAUGUACCUCGAUGGCUAUGACAGGGACAACAAGGAGGCCCCUGACUCUGAUGUUGAGAACAAGGAGGAAGAUGAGGAUGAGGAGAAUGAUGAAUAUGCCCAGCUAGUGGAAGAGGAAGGAAGGGAAGAAGAGAACGUGGGUAAAGAGGAGGAGGAGGAGGAUGAAGAAGGUUACAAUGACGGGGAACUGGAUGAUGAGGAAGACGAAGAUGAUGCUGGUGAAGAAGGGAGUCAGAACUGA